GUGUGUAAACAAUCUUCCCAAAUUCGAUCCCCUGCGCAUCCACCCACCCAUCACAAUCCACACUUCCACAGCAGCACCAGCAGCCAGCAGCAACAAGCGAUGGCGUUCGUGCCGGUGUGCGUGCAGUGCGGGACGCGGAGCAACCCGUGCCGGUGCAAGGUGCUCGGGCCGACGCUGGGGUUCGUGGCCUUCGUGGUGGCCGGCGUCAUCGAGUGGCCGCUGGGGGCCGCCGUGUACCUGUUCCGGCACCGCAAGGGCCGCCGCAUCAUGUCGCACCCGGCCACCGUCGUCUACCCGCGCAUCUCCAGCGCCAUCCCCAUCUAAUCUCUCGGCCGACCAGUGUCGCGCCGGGUUGAAGAUUGUGGCGCAUGCAUGCGUAUUGACACGCCAGUCAGUCCCCAACGUGUGUGAAUCCUUUUACAUCAUCUUUUUUUUUUCUUUCCAAUAAGAGUGUCGAGCGUGUGGUUUCGGUUUGUACAUUGGUACUCCGCUUCUGUAAGCAUCACCGUGAAUGUACGUAACAUCAUCAAUGUAACUCCCUGGAGCAUACUGUAAGGUGCUGUCUAACUUGUCCCAA